AGUAAUACAUUAAAGUGUAUUUAAUACUGUAAAUUAAAAUGAAAUUUUAAAUUAUUAAAUGUAUUGGUGAUCGAGAUGUCUAAAAACAAGACAUCGCUGUCAAACAUCAAGAAUUGGAGACAUUUACGCAAAUCAGUUGACGCGACCAAUACAUCCGUGGACUCGACAGCCAAUAAUAAUAAUAAUAAUUCAAGUAAUGAAGUCAAAGCCCGUACUCAACGAUCAAACUCUCAAAAACGUCUAACUUUUAGUCCAUUUGAAGACAUAUCACCCGAAUAUAACAGAACAAUAUGUUUGGGAAAUAUAAGUGUCGUCUCCUCUGGUGUUUCCAUAUCUCAAGCUCACGACUGGUUGGGUCUCGAGAAUACAGUUAUUCAAGUGUUUGAAGGUUCGGGUGUUGUGUUAUUAAAUGCUAACCAAUUGUCUGAUGUUCACAGAAAUGUCAAGAAUUUGUUGGAUUCAAAUAUCGGAUCUUUUGUUUACGAUAGAUAUAAGAGUCAAAUGUUGAAAAAGGGUAUGACUUUACUGAAAGAAAGGGUCAAUUUGAUGACUAAUCUCAUGGAUGGGUUGUCUAAUAUAUGGAUUCAUUUCUACACUAAUAUAUUGCCGACUUUGGAUGCUAUCCUUUAUAGAGUUAAGCCUAAAUGUGGACUAACUGUAAGACAGACAACACUCAUUGAAUUUAGAGAUGAAGUGAUUUUUGAGACUCAUUUUGAAAACAAACUCAAAGAGUUAGUCACCGAAAAUAAGAUAAUCCCUACAGAUAUUAAACAAAUGUUAUUAGUAUUGCAGAGUAUAUGCGAGUGUUUUCCUCCGUCUAAAAACAAGAUCCAUAUCGAGUCGCUGACAGCUCUGGCUAUUAGUCCGUAUAUGGCAUACAAAGGUUUAUAUGUAAACUACAAUAUCUCAGAGCCAACUGUUCCGUCACGUGAACCUCAUUUGAACGCCAAACGCAAGUCUAUAGACCUAUUGGCCCGAUCUCUAUCACGACCACUAACUAUGCAACCGAAACAAUUGGAGACAUUGAAUGAAUUGUUUGCCUCAGCUAUUGGCAGAAAAUAAACUCAAUAUUACUCAGCUUUAUGUCUAUCAAGUCAUACAAACUUUUGUCAAAUCAACAAAAAAUAGUGAUUCAACUGUAGAUAACAAUUUAGGAGACGUGAACUACAUGUCAGUCAUAUAUAAAUUUAGUUAUACGUUAUGUUAUGUCUCAGCCCAGAGUUCAACUCCUCUCUCUCUCUCUCUCUCUCUCUCUCUCUCUCUCUCUCUUUCUUUCUUUCUUUCUUUCUCCACUAUCUCUUAGUU